AUGAUGAGUUCAAUUGAUUUUUCAAAAUGUUUAUUACACAAUGAAAACGGUAUAAUAUUCGAUACAGAUUAACAACAUCUAGAAAAGAAAAUCUAUUGCAUAAAAUGUUUGGCUUAGAAUUAUUAAAACUUAAUUCCAAUUGAGAACAUUUUAGAUUUCAAAAGGGAGCUUAUUUAAAUCUUGAUUCAAGAAUAAAAACACUAGAAUGAAAAUAAUAUAUAGAAACUUGGUGAAAUUAUACAAUCACAAAGUGACAUUAAGUGUAAUGUGGAUAAAAAUAUAAUUAAUUUGAAUGAACAAAUUGAAACUAUUCAUAGAGAUUCCACACUCCUUUUUAAUCUAAAUGUCGAUGUUUAAGAUGAAGAAUCUUUUCAAUCAAUUUUCUAUUAAGUUUAGCAACAAUCCUAAAGAGCAUUUUAAAUCAAAGAAUUGCUUAAUCAACAAUUAAAAAAUUUAGAAUAAGUCAAAGUCUAUAUUAGAGAGAAAAUUACUGAAAUUCAGUUUGAAAAUUCUUAAUAAGUCAAAGAAAUGAUUUAAAAUUUAUAAUAAUUGUCGAAUGGAUAAUCAAAAAAUAAAAAUGUGAAAUGUUAAGCCCAUACACAAGAUGGAUUUAUGAUUGAUUUGAAUGAAAGUAGUGCAAUCAAGGGUAGAAUUGCUUGUUAGGAUUGUAUUUAGAAUCAGAAGAUAUCUUUUACCAAACUAGAAGAAUUUAAUAUAUAAUGCCAGAAACAUUUAGAAACCAAAAAAUCUAUAAUAGAAUUAACUCAACCUGAUUGUUUUUCAUCAAAAAUAAAUCUAGCAAUCGAAAAACUAAAUGAACAUAUCACUAGAGUUCAGUAAAAUUUAUCUAAUCUCCUCUCAGAACUUAAAGGUUUGAGUGAUACGCAUUUAGAUGAUCUCUCUAAAGAAUAGAGUAGGAAUAUGAAGAAUUUUAAAGAUCUAUCUUAAAGUGAACUCAUAGAGCUGGCAGAUGAAAUAAGUAAUAAAUAGAGUCUUAAAGAAUAUGAAAAAAAGAUAAAGUAAUAAAAUUAAACAAAAAUAAGGAAAUGUUAAGAAGCUUUAAAUUAGACACAUAAUGAUUAGCUUAAAUUAAUUCUUUAAUUUUACUAAGAAGUUUAUAAAAUAGAAUUGUGUAAUAAGAACUAGAAUAUUGAGAGAAUUCGAGGGAGCAAUAGACUAAAAAUAUGUUCAUGUACUAUUCAAUUGUAAUUGAACAACAAUAAAAGCACCCAGAGUAAAAUACUUGAUUAACAUUGUAAGAAUACAUCAUAAAAAAUGACAUAUCAACAAAUAAGUACUAUUAAGUAAGAAAAAUGGUGUUUCGCUAUUUCUUUUUAUCGUGAUGGUUCUUAGAUGGUAGUCAGUUCUAAUCAAUAAAUUAAGGUGUUUAAAAAUUAGAAUGCAUAAUUUUCAGUGACUCAAACUAUAAAUCAAGGCCAUACAGAAAAUGUUUAAUGUUUGAAGUUUAUGAAUCGUUCAUAAAGAUUCGUAUCUGGUGGAAAAGAUAAAUAGAUAAUAGUAUGGUCUUUAGACGAUAAAUAAUAAUAUUUCUGUGAAUAGAGAUUAGUUGGUCAUGGUUAUGGAGUGACUUGCUUGGAAUUUAAUAAAGAAGAAAAUCUUCUCAUCUCAGGUAGUACUGAUGAUAAAGUUAGAUUUUGGACUCUAAAAAAUUAAUGGGAGAUGUCUGAGACCUAUAUUUAGCAUAAUUCCUAAGUACAAGCAUUGAGCUUAUCAGAAAAUUAAUAAUUUUUGGUAUCGUGUUCUAUAGAAACUAUUUUUGUGCAUCAUAUAAUUGAUCGUUAGAAUCUCAAAUGUGAACAUAUAUAAACAAUCCCUUCAUAGUUUCCUAUCUAUAGGAUCAGCUUUAUUACUAAUAAUAUUUUUGUUUUUCAAUGUUCUAAAUCAUCACUUUAGAUUUAUCAACAAGAGAAUAAUUCAUAAAGCUUUUCUGCAAAAGAUCAAAUUUAAAUAUCAAAUACAGAAGGUUGUUGUUAAUUUUCUCCAUUAAUAUAUUUAAGUGAUUAAGGGCUGUUAUUGUUUAAAUCUGGUCAAAACAUUUAUCUGCUUAAAAGAACAAAUAACCAUCAGUUUACUAUUUCAGAAAGGAUAUAAUAUCCGGGAAUUGAGACAUUUGCUGCAAUCAGUCAAAAUGGAUAAUAUUUGAGUGCUUGGAAUAAACAAUUAUAAGAAAUUUAAAUUAGAAAACUUGUAUGA